AUGCUGAAAACAUUUAUACUAUUAAUGUUAAUUGCUGUCGGUGGAUAUUGUGAUAUAUUUGCGGAAGUUGGUGAUUUCUUUACAAAGCAUUUUACUGAUGUCAAAUCACUCUUUGCAAGUGAUGAAAAAGAAUUACAACAAGGUUUGAAUCGAGUGAGAGAUUUGUUGACAGCAGUUCAAGAAAAAUUGCCGCUAUUAAAACCAUUGGCUAAUGAAGGACAGCUGAAAAUAUUGAACAAAAUUGGCAAUCUACUUUCUCAAGUCAACGAUUUCCAGAGAAAUGUGUUUAACUCUAAAAUGGAAUUCAAUCAGAAAGAAAAUAAUUGGGAAAAUCUGGUCAAGAAAAUUUUCGUUUCCGAAGGUGUUAGCAAGAUCAUACCAUUGGUGCAGCAGCUACUUAAUAGUGCACCUGCAACAUUUGCAACUUAUCUGCUCACCUUCGUUGUUCCUUUCUUGAUCAAUGCUUUACGAGAGUAA